CACUUGUGUUGAAGGUUGAAGCCAGGAAGAGCCAGAAAAGAAGUGAAGAAGAAACAAAGCAGAAAAUUCUUCCAAAUACAGAAAACUAGCUCAUUCUUUCAACACGUCAAUUUUCUCAUGGAUUAUUUGAAAACUGUUGUCCCUUCUCAGCUCCUCUCCGAACGUGGCUCCAAUCUCGUCGUCAUCAACCCCGGCUCUGCAAAUAUAAGAGUAGGGUUAGCUAAGCAGGACUCUCCUUUCAUCGUUCCUCAUUGCAUUGCUCGCCGAACCACCCAAUUCUCCAAGUUAAAUGUUCAAGAUCAGUUGCUUAAUUCUCAACUUACCACAGCGCAGCACAUGGAGCGCGAAAAGGCUUAUGAUGUUAUUGCGUCAUUGUUGAAGAUACCUUUCCUUGAUGAAGAGGUUGCCAAUAGUUCUGUUCCACGGAAGAUGGGACGUGUUGAUGGAUAUAAUCUUCAGAAUACCAGGAAGGAUGUAGCCUUCACUUGGACUGAUAUACAUGUGAAGGACAUACAUUCAUCAGUGGCACCAGAAAGUUCAAUGGAUAAAAGUUUCAUAAAUGAGUCCUUGGUCCAACAUGAAGGUACUGAUUCAAAGGAACCUACUUUGACCAAACGCAAGUUCAGGGCGGUCAUAUGUGGUGAGGAAGCCCUAAGGAUAUCUCCCACUGAGCCAUAUUGCUUACGUCGUCCUAUUCGUAGAGGUCACCUAAAUAUUUCACAACAUUAUCCCAUGCAGCAGGUCCUUGAAGAUCUGCACGCUCUAUGGGACUGGAUUUUGUCAGACAAACUGCAUAUCUCUCACCAAGAAAGGAGCUUAUAUUCUGCUAUUCUUGUUGUGCCAGAAACAUUUGAUAAUCGUGAGAUAAAGGAGAUCUUAUCUAUUUUACUGCGAGACUUGUGCUUUAGCUCAGCAGUGGUACACCAGGAAGGCUUGGCAGCAGUUUUUGGGAAUGGUUUAUCAACGGCAUGUGUUGUAAAUAUGGGUGCGCAAGUGACAUCGGUCAUUUGCAUUGAGGAUGGAGUGGCUCUACCUAAUACAGAGAAGACUUUACCCUUUGGUGGAGAGGAUAUAUCAAGAUGUCUUCUUUGGACUCAGAGGCAUCAUCAGACAUGGCCACAAAUUCGUACCGACAUUUUGACAAAGCCUAUAGAUCUAUUGAUGCUGAACAGGCUAAAAGUGUCCUACUGUGAAAUUAAGGAGGGUGAACUUGAUGCUAUAGCUGUAGUUCAUUCUUAUGAGGAUGCAAUGCCUCCUGGAUCUCAUAAGACAAGGCUAACUGCUCUGAACGUUCCUCCUAUGGGUUUGUUCUACCCAACACUUUUGAUUCCUGAUUUGUAUCCUCCACCACCUCGUUCUUGGUUUCAUGACUAUGAAGAUAUGCUGGAAGAUACAUGGCAUGUUGAAUUCCCAAGAAGACCUGACAUGCCAGAUGGUCUAUAUCCUGGAAUUAAUGUUGGGUUACCAAUGUGGGAUAACUACCCAAUUUUUUCUAUGAAACCAAAGAAAGAAGAGAAGGUUGGCCUAGCAGAAGCCAUAACCAGUAGCAUUCUUUCAACUGGUCGCAUAGACCUGCAACGAAAAUUGUUUUGUAGCAUACAGUUGAUUGGUGGAGUGGCUUUGACUGGUGGGCUAAUUCCUGCUGUGGAGGAGAGAGUUUUACAUGCCAUUCCUUCAAAUGAAGCAAUCGAUACUGUUGAGGUUUUGCAAUCAAGAACGAAUCCAACUUUUGUGUCUUGGAAGGGCGGAGCCAUCCUUGGUGUUCUAGAUUUUGGUCGGGAUGCUUGGAUACAUCGAGAGGACUGGACCCGCAAUGGGAUUCACAUUGGGAGUGGCAGGAAAUACAAGGAUUCUUAUUUCCUUCAAGCACAGGCAAUGUGUUACAUCAAUUCCUAGAAUCUGGUAGAUAGGAGAGAAUUUGUCUAGGCAAUUUUCAUCUUCAAGCUUGAAGGACCAAGUAACUUGUUGACUGCACUUUGGGAUAGCAAAGCAAUUGUGCAUUAGGAUAGGUACAGCUGCAUGGCAGGUUUAUUUUUGUUUUUACACUCAUAUAUCCAUGGUUGUUUGAUGUGAUAAACCAGAAUCUUCAGCAGAAUCAAUACAAACUAGACUCUUAGAGUGCAUCAUCAAAUUUGUAUAGCAAGUAUGACUUGGGUUCAUUGUUAAUGGAGCUGCAACCGAGAUAAAUUUUCUUCUGAUUA